AUGUCAAAAAGAGUAGUUGUAACAGGUUUGGGGUGUGUAACACCGUUAGGAAGAUCAUUAAGUGAGUCAUGGAAAAAUCUACUUUCUUCCAAAAAUGGACUCACACCAAUCACGUCCUUAUCCAAUUACGAAGUGGAUUAUAAGCCUAAAGAGAAAAGUAUUCCGUCAACAAUAACAGUAGGGAAGAUCCCAGAAGAUCAUGACCAAAAUUCAGCCAUCCACAGAUUGCUAUUAACUGGCCAAGAUGAGAGAAGAACCUCAAGUUUUAUCAAAUUAGCAAUACGUACAACAUAUGAAGCACUUCAUAAUGCUGGUCUGUUGAAUCCAAACGACGUAACCAUUAAUACAUCUCUUUGUAAUUUGGAUCGUUUUGGUUGCCUCAUAGGAUCUGGCAUAGGAUCCAUUCAGGACAUAUACCUGACUUCCCUACAAUUUCAUAAUGAAAAUAAAAGAAUAAACCCGUAUUUUGUACCCAAGAUCCUUACGAAUAUGGCAGCUGGUAAUGUUUCCAUAAAAUUCAACCUUCGAGGAUUAUCUCAUAGUGUUUCUACAGCAUGUGCCACAGGCAAUAAUUCAAUUGGCGACGCUUUCAAUUUUAUCCGAUUGGGUAUGCAAGAUAUCUGCGUUGCUGGAGCAAGCGAAACAAGUUUACAUCCAUUAAGUCUAGCUGGUUUCAUCAGAGCGAAAUCAAUUACCACUGACGGAAUUUCCAGACCGUUUGAUACACAACGGUCGGGAUUCGUACUUGGCGAAGGAUGCGGAAUGAUUGUUAUGGAAUCCUUAGAACAUGCUCAAAAGAGAAAUGCAAAAAUAAUCUGUGAACUAGUGGGUUAUGGUUUAAGCAGUGAUGCUUGUCACAUCACCUCCCCCCCUGCUGAUGGAAAUGGUGCCAAAAGAGCAAUAGACAUGGCUCUUGAAAUGGCCCGAUUGAAACCUGCUGAUAUUGAUUACGUCAAUGCUCAUGCCACAUCAACCUUGUUAGGUGAUAAAGCAGAGUGCAUGGCUGUGAUUUCUGCACUUUUUCCAGGAAGGUCCAACGAUAAGCCCUUGUACAUAUCAAGUAAUAAAGGUGCAAUUGGUCAUCUAUUAGGUGCAGCUGGUGCUGUAGAAAGUGUAUUCACGAUUUGUUCCUUAAGGGAUGAUAAGAUACCGCAUACGUUAAACUUGAACAAUGUUCUACCUCUGGAAAGUAGCGAGUCCAAUAAGCUCCAUUUCGUAAGAGAUACACCUUUAGAAGGAGCUAAUCCGCAUUAUGCAUUAUGCAAUAGCUUCGGAUUUGGAGGAGUUAACACAUCUCUUCUUUUCAAAAGAUGGGGAAAAAGUUGA